UUUGCAUAAGUGCACUUGUGUACUAACAAUUUUGUGCACAUAAAUGCACUUGCAGACUUACACAUAAUAUUGUAGUUCAUAAGUGCACUUGAGUACGAACACUAAGUCUUUUGUGUGCAUAAGUGCACUUGUGUACUUACACUUAUUAUUGUGCAUUUAAGUGCACUUGUGGACUUACACUUAGUGUAUAAGUGUAACAGUGUAUAAGUGCGUUGACUCAAUAGGUUAAAAUGCAGUGCACUGAAAAUGGUGACUGUGCAGUGGUGGACACUCACCAAGGUCAGUCGCCGCCAUGUUGGCUACAUGUAUGCUAACCUUGGGGCUAAGGAGGGAGCGGCGUUGCUGGACGUGACCUGGUGAGCCCGUGUCAACAUGGCGGCCAGUGUGUAGAAAGAAUGUCACCAUGUGUGGAAAUCACCAUGGAAGAUGGAAAGUCCAGCACCACCUGUGGCUGGACUCUGAUGACCUGACCAGGAAUGAUCUUCCAUGGUCAAGCUUCUUUAGGAAAAGGCGUCGCUGAAAAGCCAAAGAAAAAGCAAAACACAGAGUUGACCUUUGACAUGAAGCACGGUGGCGCGUUGAUGUCAGAAGUGACGUUGAUGGCAAUCAUCACCUGAUCAAGAUGAGGUCAUGUGACCAGUGGUGCCUUCAAGCGCACCAUGCAAAUGUCAGUGCCAACGUGCCGUGUCCCCCUCCUGCCAAUCGCAGCUUGUUUUUGUGAUGUCAUCAAGCACGCGAGGACACGCCCCGGGCGGGCCGGGAAUGCGGCCCGUCUGGUUCUCCCCGAACAGGUUGGUCUGGAAGGGACGCUUCAAUCGGCGCUCGGGACGACCGGCGUCCCCGUCUUCUUGUCUUCCAGCGGCAAGCAACAUGGCUGUCAACCUGAGCAAGAACGGCGCCGAGCUGAUGGCGGCCUACAAGGACGUGGUGGACGGCCGCUCUGACACAAACUGGGCUUUGUUCACCUACGAGGGCAACAGCAACACCAUCCGACUGGCGGGAAAAGGAGGUGGGGGUCUGGAGGAGAUGGUGGAGGAGUUGAACAGCGGGAAGGUGAUGUACGCCUUCUGUCGAGUACAAGACCCCAACUCUGGGUUGCCCAAAUAUGUCCUCAUCAACUGGACAGGUGAAGGCGUGAAGGACUCCCGCAAAGGAAUGUGUGCCAAUCACCUGACUUCAGUAGCCAACUUCCUCAAGGGGGCCCAUGUGACCAUCAACGCUCGUGACGAGGAUGAUGUGGAGCCAGACGUCAUCUUGUCUAAAGUGUCCAAAGCAUCGGGAUCCAACUACAGCGUCCACAAAACAACACAGCAGUAUGGAGAUGCUCCCAGAGGACCUGUGGUGAGGACGCACACACACACACACACACAUUUGCAUGACAAAAGAAUAUUCCAGAUGUUCUCAUCAGGUUCCGUCUCGUUGUCUCAGGGUUCCGUUUACCGCAAAACAAACGCGGUGGAGGAAAUUCAACAAAUUGACAAAGACACCUUUUGGCUCCAAGCUCAGAGGGAGGAGGAGGCACGGCGUCAGCAGGAGGUGAAGAAGACAGACCUCCAGAGGCAAAGCUUGGACAAGGAGAGGAGGGACACGGAGGAGAAACAGACCAGGGACAGAGACAAGAGAGCCCACGAGAGAGCGGCGCUCAUCGACCAGCAAAGAAUGCUCCAGAAACUAAGAGAAGAAGAAGAGAGAGCAAAAGAAGAAGAGCGGCAGACUCAGCAGGAAAAGGAGAACGAGUGGACGGGGUACAACAUGGCUGCUCGGGUGCAUGCGGCUAACGAGGCUGAGGCCGUGAUCUCCCAGCGCUCCUUCAACCCUCGAGACGUCUUCAAGCAGCGGGAGCAGAGUUUGAACCUCGACUAUGGACGCGCGCCCUCCGCCCCCAGAGCGGGGAAGCUGCAAAGCCCCUUUUUGUCCCAAAAACCCUUUGAGACUCAGUGCGUCCUGCGGCCUCAGACUCCGCCUUCCCAGAAACCUUUUGAGGUUCCUGCCGACCUGCGGCCUCAGACUCCGCCCUUUCAGAAACCCCUGGAGAUCCAAAGCAACCCACACUCUUGGACUCCGCCCUCCUCGUCUCCUCCUGUCACAGCCUCGCCUGAUUUGUUUCACUCGCACGGCGGCGAGCCCGCCGUCACUCCGCCGCACGUGGCAGACGCGCACACGGCCGAGGAGGACGAUUGGUCAGACGAGUUUGACGAGGACAUGUACGAAGCCGCCCCGCGUGAGGCGUUCGCCGGCAGCCUGCUCGAGACGCUCACGGCGGGCCCCGCUGACGUGACGUUUCCUCCGGGUGCAGAUGGCAACAUGUACGAGGCGCCCCUGCCCGCCGACGAGCACCAGCGCUUUGAGGACGUCGCACAGGAUGCCAGCACGGCUGAAGAUGACGAUGGAGGACACAACAUUUGUGCCAAGGCCAUGUACGACUACCAGGCGGCUGAUGACACGGAGAUCACCUUUGACCCUGAUGACAUCAUCACGAGGAUCGAGAUGGUGGAUGAAGGCUGGUGGCGAGGGUUCGGCCCUGACGGCCAUUACGGAAUGUUUCCCGCCAAUUACGUGGAGCUCUUGUAGUGAUUGUCCAGAUAAACGUUGGCCUUGCGUCACGUGAGCGCCGUGCUCUUGUGCACACGUGUAAUAAACUUCUUUCAUCUCCA